UUGACCUGUACUGAACUCAAGACUAAAGUAAAAGUAAAACAGUGUUGAGAAAAAAACAACUGAUUAUGUCGUAUUGAGAUGUUUUUUUUUAUGGCUGACAGACUGUUGCGUUGACGUGCCAUGAUGUGGAGAACGGUAUCAUUUGUGGAGAGGAUCGAAGUGGAGUUUAAGGGAAAUCUAUUCAACCAGGCAAUGGUUUUAGGCGAUGUUGACAACGACCAGAGAAAUGAGCUGAUUGUAGGGAAUAUCGAUGGUGAUUUAGCCGUAUUCAAGGGAAGUAAUCCAGUUACGUGUCGGAAAAGUUCAGGACUUGGCAUAAUAACUUGUAUUGGAGUUGGUGACAUCUGUAAUCAAGGAAAGAAUAAUUUGGUUUGUUUAACAGCUGAAGGAACGUGUUAUUUAUUUGAUAUUAAAAGAGAAGGGGAGUCAGGAUUAAGUGAAGAAGACAAGGUAUUAAAGGCAGCAUAUAAACAAGAAUUGCCAGCCAACAGUAAAGUUUUAUUACUAGCUGAUAUAGAUGGACAGACACAGUUGAUUGUUGGUUAUUCUGAUCGUGUUAUACGUAGUUUUAGAUGGCAGUCGGGUUCAACUUCCGACGGGGGUGAACCCUAUUCUACAGGUCAGAUUGUAUUUGUACAGAAAUGGAAGCUGGCUGGCCAGACUGAGACAAUAUCUAUAAAUAAAUCAUCUGAUGGUCGACAACAAGUGAUGGCGUCACAACCAGGUGGCACUCUAGUCACGUUAUUACGCCAAACGAAGGACGGUGAUUUUCAUUCUGAUCUCUCACCUAAUAAACUAGAUGGUAAUACUCAAGACCAGAGAGACACGUUUCUGUUGUAUCAUCCACUUGGUUUAAGUCGAGCCAAGAAUCGUGACAUUUCCACCGUUAUCGUUGGUAAUAUUAAUCCUGGUAAACAAGACUUGGAUCACCAGACUUAUUAUGCAUUAGCGACCUUAGAUGGAACGUUGGUUUUAGCUGAGAAUGAUAAAAUACUCUGGUCAUUGCAAGUUGAUCAUCAACUUUUCUCUCUAUCUAAACUUGAUGUGACUGGUAAUGGGAAAGAGGAAGUGGUGUGUUGUUCAUGGGAUGGACAGACGUAUAUCGUAAAUCACAGUAGAGAGGUUGUUCGUUAUCUAUUUCAAGAAAACGUGGCAGCUUUCUCAGGAGGUUUUUAUAGUUUAUCAGAAGGAGGGAAUAUACCUUGUUUUAUUUAUGCUACGUUUAAUAAUACCAUCUAUAUAUACCAUAAUAUUAAACUACCCCGUGUUGAAUCAACAAAUCUACUACAAGUCAUGGAUAGAACACUAGAAACAAACCAGUUACUAGCUAAACUAAACAUAGAUCCCAAUAGAACAGAUCAGCUACGUGAAUUAUAUCACUGGUGUUUAUAUGGUUGGCCGACUAAAUCCUGAUAAUAAAAUAUAUUAAUAUAAA